CUUCCGUCCACGUCCAGAACCCGGAAGACCUGCUUGACGCUCUCGGCCGACAUGGCCGUCAUUCCAACCAGAUCGAAGAACUUUUUAGGGUCGAACGUCUCUGCUGCUCCGCAAAACAAAGAAGUCCGUCAUCACCAUCCUGUCAGCUGGAAGAACGGACACAGGAAAAAACGCAAUGUACAAGAUUUGGAAUAGCACCGCCACUUAAGACUUCCUGGUCGUCAUCCUUUCUCUGUUCUGCCCCUCGUCAUGCGUGCGGAACAUUAUUAUCGGGAACUCCCACUUCCCGAUUCUUCUUUCGACUGCACAAUUCUUCACGCACUGCGUUUUGAAACCAUUUCGUGUGCUUGGUCGCCGUCUGAUGCCUUCAGCCAUGUCGCUACCACAGCAGCUGCGUUCUGAGAGUGACUUUGAGCAGCUGCCCAAUAACGUCCCCAUCAGUGCCACCAUUGCGGACAUCGAGGAAAAGAAAGGCUUCAUUGACUAUUUUAGAUUCGUCAUUGAGGUGAAAACCAAAGGAUCGAGCAAGUAUCUGAUCUACAGGCGCUACCGUGAGUUUUUCAGCCUGCACCAGAUCCUGGAGUCCAGAUAUUCUCCGGAGGACCCGGGCAAACCUGGCCCCAACACUUGCAUCUUGCCGUCACUUCCAGGUAAAGUGUUCAUCGGCAACAAGCGGGAGAUCGCGGAGAGCCGAAUUCCCGAGCUCAACACGUACAUGAAGAGGCUUUUGAGUCUACCGACAUGGUUGCUUCUGGACGAGGAUCUCAGAAUGUUCUUCUACCAGACGGAGCAGGACAGCCAACACCAGCCUCGAGCUCUCAGACGUCUGCGACCGCCUACCAGGAGAGUGAAGACAGUCAAACCCAAGACGGACCUCUUCUCCUCCCCCAGGGCUGAGGCCAUGUUUGACUUUUGUGGCAGCAGCAAGGCGGAGUUGAACUUGAAGAAAGGGGACUUGAUCUUCCUCCUGCAUCGAGUCAACGUCGACUGGCUGGAGGGCAUGGUCAACAACCAGACGGGCAUUUUCCCCGAAUCCUUUGUGAAGAUCAUCAAGCCCCUACCGGAGAGUGAGUCGGAGGGCGAAGGAGAAGUCCGCACCUACAGCUGCCUACGAUGCUACCUGCUCACCCCGUCUGGAAUCCAAACCAGAGACGUGUGCGUUCAAGAGGACCUCAACAUCCAGCCAACACACAAGGAACUGGUAUUGCGCAUGAGGGACGUGUUCAAGGUGGACGACAUCGCGCUGAACUACCGGGAUCACGAGGGCGACCUGAUCCGCGUGCUGGACGACGAGGACGUGCUGCUGAUGCUCAAGGAGAGCCGAGGUCAGGCGGGGGGGGCGGUCCGGAGGCCCGUCAAUCAGUUCGCGUGGGAGCUGCUCGUGACCGUGGGCUCUGACCUCUCGGUUUACAACGUGGACGGGUGACACGGCGGAUUUUGUGCCACCACGCUCAUCUAAAGCCCAAAAUUCGAUCGUUUCAUUUCCCAAAAACGUUCAUUCUGUUUUACGUCAAACUAUUUAUCAAUAAUAUUCAGAAUCGGUUGGAAUUUGUCCCCGGCAGUCGGUGCCGCCCUGGUCAGUCACAACAAAGAACUGUUAAUCCUUGACUAUUCGAUUAUUUGUGAACACACCGAUACUUGGCACACGCACUAAAGGUACUGCAAAUUAGGGGUUGAGGGUUCCACUCUGUUUUAUUUAAGAGAUAGCGAAUGUGUUUCAAAAACUAAAAAUCCUUCUGAAAUAAAUACUGAAUGAUACUGGACUGAUGGAAAACUUCCGUGCUGCAUGUCAUACAAAUGUGGAAGUAAAUAUGUUCCACCAAGAUUCGAAUUUUGAAAUGUAAAGUCAUCACAUUUUCAAUAGUUGUAUUUCAGUGUAACUUUUCAAUGUUAAUAAUUCAACCGGCUGCAAUUCGCUGUCAAAAAUUCACCGGCUGUGGCACCAGGCAGGGUUACUUCGGGUCAGAACCGAACAGCCGGCCACUCGCGCUUAGGCUUUCUGCGGAUGUGACGUCACGUGACUAAGAAAGCACAACUGCGAUUGGCUGGCUGUUGGGUUCUGACCUGAAGUAACCCUGCCUGGUGGCACAGACGGGGAAUUUUAGACAGCGAAUUGGAGCAACUAUUGAAAAUGUGAUCACUUGACAUUUCAUAUUCAAAUCCUGUUUUCUCUGGCAUUUCAAAUUCAAAUCCUGGUGGCACAUAUUUGCUUCCAUAUACAAACCAACGUUUGAAGAACACGCAACUUUUAUAUUCAGACUGCUUUCGAAUAGCUGUCAUUGUGUCACUAUCAGAAUGUUGAAAUAUGUGAAUCUGUUUAAAAAUAUUGUUUUGUUUAAAGCCAAAUGCAUGUUUCCUAGUUGAUAGUUUUCAUUCUGAGAGUUGCUAAAAAGAAAAUGUGGGAGGUUGCAAAGUUAAUAAUCUUGGCUUAUGUUGCAUUGCCUUAUUGCACUUUCCUGUAUUACAGUACUAUACACACGCAUUAAUAUUUCAAAGUCAGUACCCAAAGCAAAAUCCAUUUUGCAUUGCAUUAAUCCAAUGUUAGUAUAUCAAAAACAAACAAAAAAAGUUUUUAUUUGUCAAUUUGUGCAUUUGAAUGUAACAGUGUGUACUUCUGAGCCUUGGGCUGUGCUCAUUUUUGGUAGUUUGAUGAAGUUCUCACAAUAAAGACUCAAUUGUCAAAAAUGGAGGAAAAAAAACGCUCAU